CAGUCAGUCAGUUGAUCGCCGUUGGCAGAGCUGAACGCGCGUCAAGUCUCCGUCUCCGUCUGCUCCACCAAAAAGUCGCUGGCGAUCGAGCGAGCGACAAAAACGUUUUUUUCUUGUGUUAUAUGUUAAAUGUUUUAAAACAAUUGGCGAUUAACGGAUGUAAAGUGCACUAACAACAACAGCAACAACAACAACAAUAGCAGCAACAUGACGGAUAAUGAGAAUGACAUUAAGUCGGCCGAGCCUGUACAUGAGGCAGGCGAGAAGGCGGCGGCGGCAGCCGCAAGUGUUGAGGCUAAUGGCGAUGCCAAUGGCAGCGCCACAGCAGCAGCAGCAGCAGCAGCAGCAGCGGAGCCAGCAGAGAACACUGAGCAGUCACUGGAGCCAAUGGCUGCCAAGUCCAAGAGCUUGGAGCAAACCAACGGCAAGGAGCUGAGUGAAGACAAAGCCUUUGAAAAUGUAGCCGAAGCGGAGGGACAGCAAAAGAAACUGCCCUAUCCCAAGUCGGUGUUCUUCAUCAUCAGCAACGAGUUCUGCGAGCGCUUCAACUACUAUGGCAUGCGCACUGUGCUGGUGCUUUAUCUGAAUCGUGCGCUUGGCUACUCGACGGAUACGGCCACUGUUGUCUUUCAUAUCUUUACCAUGUUUGUUUAUUUUCUGUGCGUGUUUGGCGCCAUCAUUUCGGACUCCUGGCUGGGCAAAUUCAAGACCAUUUUGUAUUUAUCCUUGGUGUAUAUCUGUGGCUCCGUUUUGCUAACUCUGGGCGCCAUUGGACCGUUGAGUCUGCCGGCAGCAACAUUUACAAUGAUAGGUCUGGCGCUUGUGGCGCUCGGCUCCGGCGGCAUUAAGCCUUGUGUGGCAGCCUUUGGUGGCGAUCAGUUCAAGGUACCGGAGCAGCUCAAGCAGAUUACAUCGUUCUUUUCGCUGUUUUACUUUUCCAUAAACGCUGGCUCGCUGAUCUCCACAUCGGUGACGCCCAUACUGCGUGAGGAUGUCCACUGCUUUGGCGAUAUCAACUGCUAUCCACUGGCAUUUGGUGUGCCCGCUGUGCUGAUGAUUAUCUCGGUGGUUAUCUUUGUGCUCGGUCGCCCGCUGUACAAGAUCAAACCGCCAGCGGGUAACAUGGUGGUGCUGGUGACCAGCACCAUCUGGACGGCCAUAACGACCAAGUGCAAAGAGAAGAAGACCAAUCCACGCGAACAUUGGCUCGACUAUGCGGACAAGAAAUACGAUCGCAAGCUCAUUUCCGAUGUCAAGGUGCUGCUCGGUGUGCUCUUCCUGUAUCUGCCGAUGCCGUUGUUCUGGGCGCUGUUCGAUCAGCAGGGCUCCCGGUGGACCUUCCAGGCCACACGCAUGGACGGCGAUAUGGGCUCCUGGGACAUUAAGCCCGAUCAACUGCAAGUGCUCAAUCCAUUGCUGAUUCUGGUCUUCAUUCCGCUGUACGAUGUCGCCUUCUAUCCGGCGCUGCGUCUCGUUGGCAUACGUCGUCCACUGCAAAAGCUCACCCUAGGCGGUAUUCUGGCCGGCGUUGCUUUUUGCAUCUCUGGCGCCGUCGAGCUCAACCUGGAGAAAACCUAUCCAGUGCUCCCGUACACCAACAACGCUCAGCUGCGCAUCUUCAACACCGAGGACUGCACUUUCAACUUUGCCACCAAUCUGGCGGCGAAUGCCAACUUCAAGGUCGAGCCCUACAGCGUCUAUACGGACAAGAAUGUCUACGUGCACGGCCGUCUUCAGAUGCAGUACACUGUCAGCACACAGGACGAGAAGUGUCAGAGUUAUGUGGGUGUGAAAACUCCGGAGAACAUUGAUCACAAGAGCGCCUGGUCGCUGUUCCUUAAUCAGCGCAAUAAGACGAGCAAUAUGUUCUGGAGCACCGAUGUUGUGGAUAAGCCCUCUGAAAGUUAUCCCAUGGUACGUGUUGUGGCCAAUGUGGAGCCACAGCGGCUGAUUGAGCUCAAGAGCGCCAAGGACAACUAUAAGCUGCUGGCGAAUGAGACGAAGCUGAUCCAGGUAUCCUCCAAUACGUACGAUCUGUAUGUGGACCAAAAGCUAGUGUCCUCGCAUAUCAUACACACCGGCGGUGUCUAUACGAUAAUGAUCGAUGAGGUGACCACGGGUGUUUAUCACAGCGUGCUAGCAACCGUCACGGAACCAAAUACGAUGAACAUACUUUGGCUUAUACCGCAAUAUGUGAUCAUGACGCUGGGUGAGGUAAUGUUCUCGGUGACGGGCUUGGAGUUCUCGUAUGCGCAGGCGCCAGCUAGCAUGAAAUCGGUGCUGCAGGCCUGCUGGCUGCUGGGCGUGGCCUUUGGUAAUCUCAUUGUGGUCAUCAUUGCUGAGUUGAAGUUCUUUGAGAAGCAAUCGUAUGAGUUCUUCCUGUUUGCCGGCCUCAUGUUCAUCGACAUGAUCAUCUUUAUGUUUAUUGCGUACAAAUACAAGCCGAAUGAUCCCAACAAACCCGAUGACGAGGUGGCUCUCACACAGGACCAAGAUGUGCCAGCGCCCGAUAAGGAGAUUAAGCAACUGCAAACGCAGUACGACAACAAGGCGCUUGAUGUCAACGAGUAGACUGUCGAGGUCAUAAAACCCUAGCCACCUACUAUCCUAUGUAUGUUGUGUAUUAUAUAAGACCUGUCUAUUUACAAUGUAAGUGAAAAAAGUCCUGCCUCGGAUUGCUGGUCGCCGAGCGUUGUUAUGAAUAUAAAUAAAAUAUGCUGCGUUUUUAAAUAAAAACUGAUAAUCUUAUACGAAAAAUACCAAAAUAAA